GGGCGGGGUUUAGUGUUGACGUUACGUCGCAGUCUCGGUAAUGGCAAGUGUAGGAAGGAGAGGAAGACGGCCCUGAAGUUUCUGCUCUUCUGGAUGUUGUUGUCAUUUUAUUACAUUUAAAACCUACUGCUUCACUUUUUUUGUACUCUUACGGUUAUUUUCCUACUUCGCUGUAGUGAGAGUGAAAACGGGGCAGGGCUAAAGUCACGGACGGUUUUGUCGGUCGUUUUCGAAGUAACUAAAAUACGCCCGAAGUUUGUUCGACUUCAAGCAGAGAAACUAUGACGCACAAAGAGGACGAAUAUGAUUACCUUUUUAAAGUGGUGCUGAUCGGCGAUUCAGGCGUAGGAAAGAGUAACCUGCUGUCCCGCUUCACCCGCAACGAGUUCAACCUGGAGAGCAAGAGCACCAUCGGGGUGGAGUUCGCCACACGCAGCAUCCAGGUGGAGGGGAAGACCAUCAAGGCCCAGAUCUGGGACACGGCGGGACAGGAACGCUACAGAGCCAUCACUUCUGCGUACUACCGCGGCGCCGUGGGAGCGCUCCUGGUCUACGACAUCGCCAAGCACCUGACGUACGAAAACGCAGAGCGCUGGCUGAAGGAGCUGCAGGACCACGCAGACAGCAACAUAGUCAUCAUGUUGGUGGGCAACAAGAGUGACCUGCGCCACCUGAGGGCGGUGCCCACCGACGAGGCCAAGGGCUUCGCAGAGAAGAACGGCUUGUCUUUCCUGGAGACGUCUGCGUUAGACUCCUCCAACGUUGAGCUGGCUUUUCAGACAAUUCUCACAGCCAUCUACCACAUCGUGUCCCAGAGGCAGAUGACGGGCCAGGGCAACUCAGACUUCUCUCCGGCCUCCAACGUGGUUCCCAUCACGGUGGAGCCCACCCAGAGCUCGUCCAGUAAGGGCGCCUGCUGCCAGAACAACUGAGACCUCGCCGCUGACCUCCGCCUUCGUCUCAGCGCAGCGCCGGCCGGCCAGACGGGCAGACGGAGGCGCUGACGGGUAGAGGGACGCUUCCACUGGGUUUUGUAGAUACGAGGGGUGGGGGGGGGCAGCAAAUGAAGGAUGGACAGGAUGUGAUGUGGGAGGGUUGGGAUUUUAUAAGAAGCUGCAUCAUCACCAUGGAUUCAGGUUCUGAUGUGAAACUGAACAUGCUAUCAGGCCCUUUUUUCUCCUUCUUCUUCUGCAGUUUCUCUCCUAAAAAGCCGGAUUUUACAGGCUUCCUUUCUGUUUCUCACUCCUGGGAUGCUGGGCUGUAAAAAUCCACUCCCAGAAGACUGAAAAGCAGCCUUCUCUCACUGCUGUUUCCCUUCGUUUUUCUGGAAUAUUUAGAAAAUUAUGUCCUCCUUUAUAUUUAUUAACACUUGUCUUGUUUGGCCAAAGGGUUUCCCACACUAACUGCUUCACAGAAAAAAGGGAUUUUCUCUUCUUUUGAUUGUUUUCUGUCAUUUAAAACAAGUCUUUCCAUGAAGGAAUCAGGAGAGUUUGGCUCUAUUCUUCCCUGUCGGUGACAAGCAGCUUCGCUCUGAGUGCUUUUGAUCUUUGUUUGGGCGCCUCUCCUACUCUUCACACACUUUGUGCUUCGAAGAUGAGUCAUGCUCCCGCCAGCCUCUGCGCAGCGUCGACUCUAAAUGGGAUGGGAUGGCUGCGCCCGCCGCCGCUGCUGGAUGGGUUAACUGCAGAGCAUGUCAGCUCCCAUCCUGACCGUUUCACCUUUUCCCCCCUAAAGCCUCGCGGCGAUGGAGGGGAAAGAUGUGGUUUAAAAGCGCGGACGAGCCGCCCGCUAGCUGGGACGGAUGAAUGAAUGGAUGGAUUGGAUUUCAGGGGAUGAGAUAGUGAGGCCACUCAGCCCUGCCCUGCUCCUGCGGUCUCUGAUGUACAGUGAUGGCUUGUUUUACUGUAAAUGAAAUCCUCCACUGCCUGCUCACCUACUCCUCUCUGGCUCUGCUCUCUGCUGUAUGUAACUGGAAGAGGACUCUGCCUUCUGGGAUCCCCCUGAGGUCUGCCCUCACUUUCACUCGUCUUUAUUUCCUGUCCGAUCGGUGGGGGUUGUGUUCAGGAGCCAGGGCCGCGUUUGUUAGCGUCUGAUAGUGGAAUAGAGGAGGGAGGGAGGGGCUUGAUUUAAUCCAAAGGUUAGACACACAGGGUGUUUAUUUCCACAUCAACACGAGUCUUAAACUGGGUGUAGGUCGACAUUUUUAAGCCUUUAUUCUGUUGUAUGUAUAUUUGGACUGCACAUGUAUAAAUAAAUCAGAUUUGUUAUAGCUCAUCUUUUAUGUGUCUCCAGUUUUAAAACAACCAGCUCAUUAUUGACUGUCAUACCCUCUAAUGUCCAGUGUAAUUUAAGAUGUUUGCAAAGUGCUGCAGGCUGAUAUUUUCCCUCUGAUUACUGAUUAUUAAAUAUUAAUCGUCAUCAUCUACAGAUCAAUCCAGCCAUCAGGACUCUCAGGAAAAAAACACACAAUCUGCUUAAACUGGAAAUCAUUUCCUUUUUGUUUUAUUAGAAACAUUUACAAUACAUUUUGAAUCUUGAAAAAAUAACAAAGAACCAGAACUAACAUGGCGCAGAUACAAUAAUAAUUAUAAUAAUCAUAAUAAAAAUGUCUCCAAAAAUGUAAUUCACAAAAAAACAUGUGCUAUAAGAAAUAAACCUGCAAUAUUUCCUGCCUUGUGAGGGCAUGGCACACUGUAACAGAGUUCAGAAACUUUUUUUAUCUUUUUUUUUUCCUUUUUCUUUUUUUCCCCAUCCAUCAACGAUCCGCCUCAGAGGGCCGCAGCAGCGGCGCCUCCCUCACUGUUCACAGAGAAACCAGAACCGAACGCCGGCUGCUGCCGGCCCCAAACAACUAAUGCACUACAACCACUAUUAGACCGGUAUGAAACACCUACUGUGCUGGAAAAAUUGGAAACGCUACCGAAGACAAACUGUCAGACUGCAUCGGCUUCUUUGGAAAAGGGCGGAGUUUCACCAGCGAGCGCCAUGUCGGUCCCCAACCGUUCACACGCAGCGGGAAAACCGCGCUCUCCGAGUUUGGGAUGCAUUUUAACCGUUUCAGGCAGAAGAAGUUUCGUCUCUUGUAUAAAUGGAAGCGAAUUUUUUGCAGCGUAACACAUUUUCUAAGUGAGAGGUCAGACAUUGGUGCGGGGGACUGAAAUGGUCUCCGUCUGGCUCCAAACUCCUUUCGGCUUUUCUAAAGAGACUCCAACUAUGAAAAUCUACAGCGAAGAAACGGUGCGAGCGUGCCGCCGCGCCGUUUCUCCUGGCUAAGUGACCAUACAAUAUACAUGCAAACUAGUACGGUAAUGAAUCUGGUGUGUUUAUGUGUGAGUGUGUGUGUUUGCAUUUAGUUACACAGAUCUACACAGUGUGCUGGCUCCUCCUCGACUUGCACUUCACCUAAUUAACGCAUCAGGAAAAGUCGAUCAAAAAGGCUUUUUUUUUAAGCCAAUCACGCUCCGUUGCCAUGGAUCGAUCAGACUGAGUUGUGGAUGUAGGAAAUGUGUGAAUGAAAGUGUUUACAAGGUGUGUGUGUGUGUGUGUGUGUGUGUGUGCGCGCGCACGUGUGUGUGGCCCUGCUGGGCAAGAGGGUCACAGCUGCCUCAUUCACUCCAAGCAUUGCAGUUUUUCUUCUUUUACAUUUUGAUAAGAAAAAAGCGAGUUUAGAUUACAGAGGAAAUGAGUAAUAAUGCGUUCAGUCAGUAACAUGGGGUCGGGAAGGGCGGGGUUACAGCAAGCAGCACUGCACAAACAAUGCUGAUGCAAGAAAAAAUAGAGUUGAGGCACAAAAUCGAUGCUCUGUGACUAAAAUAUCUCCAAAUUCUAAAAAUAUUCUAUUUUCUGUAGUUCUUCCGUUGUUAAUGCACUGAUGUUGCAGUCGUGCAUGUCUGAAGUUAAAAUUUCAGCUAUGGGGAAACUCGCUCCCACCUACUUCAUCCACUGUGAAGCACGUGGGCAAAGUGUCCAUAACUUUCAUAAAUAAAACUUCUCCUUUUUAGUUAUUAGUAGAAACUGACUUUCCUGUGUUUAGAAAUAUAUUAACUUCUUGUCAUUUUAAUUAAAAAACAAAAUGUCUUGAGGUUACUCAUAAAUACGUUGCUUCAUUUUCCAUAAAUAACAUCCAGAUACUGACUUUUUUUCCUCUGCUUUCUAUGAAAUAAUAACCCAUGUUAGCAAAAUAGAUCUGAAAAACUGUAAUAUGUUUUUUUUAUUCAUUUUUAAGUUACUUUCUAUAAAUGCAUGUGGAAGAACUCAAAUAUAGACUACGUCGAAAACCUGUUGCAAAUUCCUUCCAAAAAAACUAACUUAAAGCUCACUUGUAAAUUGUGAAAAAUAAAAAAGGGUGCAUUAGUUUAUUUUUCCCCCAUUUUUUUUUUUUUUUUUUUUACAUUCAAAUGCAUUGCUUGUUCAAUGUGUGACUGACAGGUUGGUAGAAUUGCUUAAGUGCAUCCAUU